UGGCUGUUGCUGUUAUGCUAGAUGAUGUCUAAGUAUUUAAGUUUGUAAAGGACGAUGAGUGUAAAAAAUCUAGUUUAAUAAAUCUUGGUUAUUGUGCUCCUAGCAUAUUAGGAAAUAUUACCUUUGGAAUGUUAAGGAUAAAUGGGUUUCUUUAUAAUGAAAUAAUAUUAUGCAAGAAACCUAUGAAUUAUAAUGAAUAAAUGUAUAAAAACAUAGCAUGCAUAAGGUAAUAUAAAA